AUGCGACAACCAAAGUCCACGUCAAAGCCGUCUGGAGGGCUUCCAGAGUCGGAGCACCUGGAGACUUCAAGCCCUUUGGCUGCGAUGCAUAUCGCAGAACGCAGACCUUAUGGACCAUCAGGAUUUGCCGGCGCUUUCUCCAACAGAUAUGUCUCAGCGUGUGCUGCAUUCGCUACCAUCGGUGGUGCGAUGUUUGGCUACGAUCAAGGCGUUAUAUCCGUGACUCUGACAAUGGAUCAAUUCCUCAAGAGCUUUCCCGAAGUUUCCAGUAGUGCCUCUGGAGCUGGUUUUCAGAAGGGACUGCUCACAGCCAUGAUUGAGCUUGGAGCUUUCUUGGGCGCGAUGAAUCAGGGUUGGAUUGCCGACAAGAUUUCACGAAGAUGGUCCAUCAUGGUGGCUGUUUGGAUCUUCAUAUUUGGAUCUGCCUUGCAGACUGGUGCACAAAGUUUCUCUAUGCUCGUGGGUGCCCGGUUUGUCGGAGGCAUAGGCGUUGGUAUGCUUGCAAUGGUUGCGCCCUUGUACAUCUCUGAGAUCGCCCCUCCUGAGAUCCGCGGAACAUUGCUCGUCAUGCAGGAGCUCUCAAUUGUCACCGCUAUUGUUGUCGCUUUUUACAUUACCUAUGGUACCCGAUUCAUUCCCAGUGAAUGGUCCUGGCGCCUUCCCUUCCUUAUUCAGAUUAUCCCGGCGCUCCUGCUAGCCGCUGGAAUCCCGUGGCUUCCAUACUCCCCACGUUGGCUGGUCAGCAAAGGUAGAGAUGAUGAAGCACUUCGUGUUCUCUGCAAGCUGCGUAACGUUGAGCCGACCGAUGAACGAGUCCUUCAUGAGUGGAUCGAGAUCAGAUCUGAAGCCGUAUACUGCAAAGAAGUCAGCAGGGAACGACACCCUAAGCUUCAAGACGGGAGUUACAAAAGUCGGAUCAUGCUUCACGUUUGGAGCUAUCUCGAAUGUUUCCGAAAAGGUGCCUGGAAGCGCACUCAUAUCGGCAUCGGACUCAUGUUCUUUCAACAAUUUGGCGGUGUCAAUGCGAUCAUUUAUUAUGGCCCCAGUCUCUUCGAGGGAAUGGGCCUAGAUUACGAGAUGCAGCUCAACAUGUCUGGUGUCAUCAACAUUUGCCAAAUGGUCGCUUGCCUGGGGUCCCUUUGGGGGAUGGAUCGCUUCGGUCGCCGCCCACUACUAUUCGGGGGAUCCAUUUGCAUGGUUAUCUCACAUUUGAUCAUCGCAGUCCUAAUGAGCCAAUACCAAGACAGUUGGCCGACCCACACUGCUGGAGCAUGGGUUUGUGUUGCAUUUCUGUGCUUCUUCAUGAUCACGUAUGGUGGCACAUGGGGACCUAUCCCUUGGGCGAUGCCGGCUGAGAUUUUCCCUUCUUCUCUGCGCGCAAAGGGUGUAUCCUAUGCUACCAUGUCGAAUUGGCUCAACAAUUUCAUCAUCGGACUUAUAACUCCGCCUCUUGUACAGAACACGGGUUAUGGAACAUAUGUAUUUUUCUGCGUCUUCAGCCUGGGAUCUUUGGUUUGGACUUGGCUUUUUGUGCCGGAAACUAACGGACGCGCUUUGGAGGAGAUGGACCAAGUCUUUCAGGAUAAUACGGGAGAACACGAGCAGAACCAACGAGCUCGGAUUGAAUCCGAUAUUGCCUCCCAGGUUUAUGCUCACCACAUCGUUGUUUGA